AUGAAGAACAAUUCGGGGGACAAAGUGGAGGACGAGGGGAACGUCAUCCAUUACGACAGCGCCGCCAUCGAGAGGCUGCUGGACCGCAGCCAGGACGCCACGGACGACUCGGACGUGCAGAACAUGAACGAGUACCUGAGCUCCUUCAAAGUGGCGCAGUACAUGGUCCGGGAGGAGGACAAGCUUGCUGGCCAGGUCCUCCUGCUGCUGCUCGUAGUGAUGCCGCAGCAGCUUCUCCCAGUAGUCCGGAUCGAGGAGAUCGAGCGGGAGAUCAUCAAGCAGGAGGAGAACGUGGACCCGGACUACUGGGAGAAGCUGCUGCGGCAUCACUACGAGCAGCAGCAGGAGGACCUGGCCAGCAAGCUGGGCAAAGGAAAGAGGAACCGCAAGCCCGUCAAUUACAACGACGCGGCCCAGGAGGACCAAGAGUGGCAUGCUGACAUUUCAGAUAACCAGUCCGAGUACUCCGUGGGCUCCGAGGAGGAGGACGAAGACUUUGACGAUCGGCCAGAAGACGAGGACUUUGAGGAGUUUGAGGAGGACAGCGAGGAGAGGGCGAUGGCGGAGGGGGGGGUGAUGGUGGGAACAGGCCCCGCCCCCCCCGGCGGCGGCGAGGAGGAGGACGACGACCACAUGGAGUUCUGCCGGCCGCCGGCGCCCGUUGCCGUGCCGACGCCCGCCGGGGCCCCGCCCGACGCCCCGCCCCCCCCGCCCAUGAAGGGCAGGGCGGAGAGGGAGUUCUUCGUGAAGCUGACGGGCCAGUCGUACUGGCACUGCACCUGGAUCACCGAGCUGCAGCUGGAGAUCUUCCACUCGGUGAUGUACCGAAACUACCAGAGGAAGACAGACAUGGACGAGCCGCCCAGCCUGGACUACGGCUCCGGCGGCGAGGACGAGAACGCCGUGGGGAAAAACGAGAAGAGGCGCGCCAAAGACCCGCAGUUCGCCGUGAUGGAGGACAGGUUCUACCGAUACGGCAUCAAGCCCGAGUGGAUGAUCAUCCACCGCAUCAUCAACCACAGCGUGGACAAGAAGGGGGUGUACCACUACCUGGUGAAGUGGAGAGACCUCACCUACGACCAGUCCACCUGGGAAAGGGACGACAUGGACAUCCCGGACUUUUCCAUCUACAAGACCAGCUACUGGAGACACAGGCGCCUAAAUUCGAUGUUGACUCAGGAUUUUCUAGACAUAAGGCUCAUCGUGGUUCAGAUUAUCCGGUUUUCUUCCAGUGUUUCAGGGCUGGAUUCACUUUAUAACAAACCUCCUGGUGAAGUGAUGUUUUCUACCUGGAAUCCCACGAUAAAGUACGAGGAGCAGCCGGACUUCGUCUCCUCCACCGGCGGCACGCUGCAUCUCUACCAGCUGGAGGGCCUCAACUGGCUCCGCUUCUCCUGGUCUCAGGGCACCGACACCAUCCUGGCGGACGAGAUGGGUCUGGGCAAGACCAUCCAGACCAUCGUCUUCCUUUACUCCCUCUUCAAAGAGGAGGCCCCGGGGGUCCUCAGCCUGUGUCUGUUUUUUCAGGGUCACACCAAGGGCCCGUUCCUGGUCAGCGCCCCGCUGUCCACCAUCAUCAACUGGGAGCGGGAGUUCGAGAUGUGGGCGCCCGACUUCUACGUGGUGACCUACACGGGGGACAAGGACAGCCGGGCCAUCAUCCGGGAGAACGAGUUCUCCUUCGACGACACGGCCGUCAAAGGAGGGAAAAAGGCCUUCAAGCUGAGGCGAGAGGCUCCGAUUAAGUUCCACGUCCUGCUGACCUCCUACGAGCUGGUGACCAUCGACCAGACGGCGCUGAAGUCCAUCGACUGGGCGUGUCUGGUGGUGGACGAGGCCCACCGGCUGAAGAACAACCAGUCCAAGUUUUUCAGGCGUCUGAACGACUACAAGAUCGACUACAAGCUGCUGCUGACAGGAACUCCCCUCCAGAACAACCUGGAGGAGCUUUUUCACCUCCUCAACUUCCUCACACCCAAUCGCUUCAAGUACGACUCCUCAGUCUGA